CGGGCGGUGACAGCGGGAGCCGCCCGCCCCCCGCCGCCACCGCCCGGGGAGCCGCGCGCGGCCAUGUCCCCGCCCCGCCCUCGCGCGUGCGCAGCGGCGCUGGCGGCAAGAUGGCGGAGGAGGAGCCGCGGCGGCGGAUCCCGCUGGUGCCGGAGAACCUGCUGAAGAAGAGGAAGGCCUACCAGGCCAUCAAGGCUACCCAGGCCAAGCAGGCGCUGCUCAACAAGCGGAAGCACCAGAAGGGGAAACAAAUCCAGUUUAAACGCCUUGAGGCUUUUGUUCGAGAUUCAUGGCGAAAACACCGAGAUGAAACCCGGCUGAGGCGCAUGGAGCAGAGACCUGGACAGACAGUGGUACCUCAGGAGCACAAACUUGCCUUUGUUGUGCGGAUUGCAGAUAUUAAGGGAGUGAGUAAGAGGGUAAGCAGAGUGAUUGAGUUGCUGCGUCUGAGAAAAAAUUUCACUGGAACAUUUGUUAAACUAACUCCGUUAUCACUGAAGAUGCUGCGGAUUGUGGAACCUUAUGUGGCGUGGGGGCACCCUAACCUGAAAUCUGUACGAGAGCUCAUCCUGAAGCGGGGCCAAGCCAAGAUUGGCAAAAAGAGGAUGCCUCUGACAGACAAUGUGCUGAUAGAGGAACAUUUAGGGAGGUGUGGUAUUAUUUGCCUGGAAGACCUUAUUCAUGAAAUCUACUCAGCUGGGAAGUAUUUCAAAAAAGUCACAAGCUUUCUGUGGCCAUUCCAUCUGUCAGUGGCUCGCCAUGCUUCACGUAACAAAGUGGGUUUCCUCAAGGAAAUGGGUAAGCCUGGCUGCAGAGGUGAAGCAAUCAACCAGCUUAUACGUCAGCUCAACUAGUCAGGGUCUUUGUGAAAUAUUCUGGAUUUGUAACCUGCUCCUUUUCAUGGACAUUAUGCAGCGAUACACUAUAUCUCUUGACUGUUAAUACCUCUGUGAAAAAUAAAGAAAAAAUAUACAGAUGAUAAUGGAGAUGGCCUUGAUGGAUUUUGGGCUGGUCGUUUUUAAAGGAGAAGAUAAAUUGUAUUGGUACAAGAACGAAGCAACUUUCUGGAGAAACCUGACUCCUGCAUCUCUGUAAAACAAUUUCUAUUUUUUUAAUGCUCAUUACUGCUGGCUCUGUACCAGUUACAUCCUGAUCUCAUCUGUGGUAUAAAGCAGUGGUUGUCAGUUCUCUGGUGCAA